AGGAAGUGGACCAACAGACACCACCUCAAGGCCGAGUCACUCUCCAACCGCAUUUGCAUAAAGUGCUAAAAAGAGGGCUGACAGAGCAGGGCAGAUGAUACAGGCCAGCAGACACAGAGGAGGAAGGAGGAUCCAGAGCUGACAUUGACAAAGCUGAUCCAGGAGCACACACCCACCAACACAUUCACAACUAAAAGCACACCUGUGAGUCAGACAGAGGACGGCCAGGAGGAGGACAGGACUUCAUAGAAAACCUUAAACUCUCCUCUGCUGGGAUCUCAGUUUGACUGCAGAAAAAUGCAUUUUGGAGUGAAAGAGGAGUGAGCAGAGGGAUAAAGAGAGGAUCAUCUCACAUCUUCGUCAGUCAACAGAUAAUCCAGACAUAAAGGCCAGAGAGUCCAGAGAAGACUUGAAAAAGAGAGGGGAGGCCUUAGAUAUCCAGAAGAUGGACCAGUCUCCUCAGAUCUGGCACAUGCAGGUUGACAACCCUGGAGAGCUGCAAAAGAAGAUAUCGAUCGCCAGCCAGCCGGAGUGCUCCAUCUGCUACAACAACUACGACAAUGUCUUCAAGACGCCCAAACUGCUGGACUGCACCCACACUUUCUGCCUGGAGUGCCUCUCCCGCCUCAUGGCGAUCUCCCUGGCCGACCAGGAGGACAACAACGGCAGCGCUCGCCUCUCCUGCCCCUUCUGCCGUCACCAAACUACGCUACCUGAGGAAGGGCCCCCUGCUUUGACCACCAGCCGCGAGGUCCUCUGCAAGCUGCCCAGCCACCAGCAGCAGGAGGAGCCCGUAUGGCUGGACGGGGAGAAGCUCUGCUACAAAACCAGGGACAGUGCCCCUGAUAGUCCCUCGGCUUUCUGCGUCUGCAUUGACAUUGGUGCCAGCAAGUCGUCCACCCCGGUCCAGUCGACGCCUCGGACUUUGGGUAUUCUGGACCGGCUGGCGGACUGGAAGAGGAUGGUGCUGUUUGUCAUCCUCAUGGUGCUGCUUGUUGUCGUCGUGUUGUGGCCUCUGCAAUGCGUUUUCACCACCGGGAGCAUGCGGUGUAUACGGCAGUCAAACCACGGCAACCCCACUCCGACACCAACCACCACUACCAUCAGACCGCGCUAUUAAACGGCCUGGACAUUUUGACACAAAAACUGUAGAUGUUAUGCUAAUAAUUGCACAAAAGUUGCUCCACAUAACUGUCAACACUUCAAAUUUUGUUGCCUGCAAUGGAACCAUGAAUGUUGACUCCAAGCGCUGCAAAAAAUGUUGGACUUUAGCACCUUUCAGAAGUGGUUUACUAUUUCAGACUUCACCAGGGACCAAAUAUUAUGGGUGGAAAGCAACACAGACUGCAACCAUUUCACUGAAUUUUUGCAUCAAAAUUAUUGAAACAUUUAGAAUCUUUCACAUCAUCACCAAAUUUUGCAAAAAAGCAGCUUUAACUGGAAUAAAUCCCCUCUUACACCAUGCAAUAGCAGCACGAUCAUUCCUACAAGCCUGUAAAGAUUGAUGAAAUGCCACAAACUUUUCCUAAAAUCAGUGACACAAACGCUUUUGCACUUGAAUCAUCCUCUGUAAAUUUAAACAGGACUAAAGUUUUCCAUUAAAUUUUGUGUCGAAAUGAAAUUGCAGAGGAUCAGAACACAGUGAACAUGUGUGGGUUGAUUUGUUGAUAGUGCCUGCUGAACGUGACGUAGAUGCUUGCCAAAUGACGUUUUGUGAAGGUUCAUGCCAACUUUGCUAUGCAAAUAUCCAGCUGGCUAGAGAACAACAAAUAGUCAAGAUUGUAGUGAUAGAAGAGAUCUUUAACAAAGAUAAGAAUGUAAUCACAAUGUGCCAACUAAGAACUCAAACUUUUUAAGUAUUGUACAUUUGAUUGUGUGUUUUUUAUGCCUUUGUUUACAGAACUCUA